AUGGACGUCCUCGCACAGAUCAAGGCUGACCACGACAACGUCAAGGGCUUGUUCGCCAAGUACAAGGCUGCGUCCGGCGCGGAGAAGACGACGCUCGCGCAGACGCUCAUCACUGAGAUGAAGGCGCACAGCGCGGCGGAGGAUGCCUCCAUCUACGCUGACUACUCGAAGUUCGGCCUGAGCGCUGCUUCCAACAAGCAGGACCACGCUGAAAUCAACAAGUUGAUCUCUGGCGCGUCGGCGUCCGACGAGGCUACUGUCACCAAGGCCGUGACGACCUUCAUCGCCCACUCAGACGAGGAGGAGAGCCAGCAGUGGCCCGCGAUCAAGGCGAAGCUGUCCGCCGGCGAGAGCGACGCCCUGGCGAAGCAGUUCGUCAACGCUAAGAAGAGCGCCGCCUGA